GCUCAUUUCAAACAGAGACAUAUUAAUAACGAGAACAAAUAAAAAACACGUUUAGUUGUUCAAAGUGUCCCGUUUGAUUCACAAAGCAUGAGUGCUUAACUACAUAUAAAUCCUCCUGAUUAUUCUAAUUACGGCCUAAUAGCGUCGCAAAAGGAUUUGGACUACAGGCGGAACGGUCGCCUCCUUUAUGGCAAGCGGAAUAUGGCGGAGGGCGAGAAAACGGUAGACGGACUGGAGCUGAAUAAGGAAUGGCUGGAGGCUGCAGACAGCAGGGCGGAGCUGCUCUGCUACCUGAAGGAGCAGGUGCCACAGAUCUUUUGCCUGGAGACGGAGUCCUGCCCUCAGAAUCAAGAGGAGCUCAUUCAGAGCCGGCUUCUCCACCCUCUGGAGUGUUUCCUGUUCGGAGAGGAUCCUCAGGAGGGACUGGAGAAGCUCAAGCAGGGAUGCAGCUCCUCCCAGCUCUGUGGACGUGUCUUCAAAGAGGGAGAGACUGUCUACUCCUGCAGGGAUUGCGCAAUAGAUCCCACUUGUGUCCUGUGCAUGGACUGCUUCCAGGAUAGCGUGCACAAAAGUCAUCGUUACAAGAUGCACGCGUCAUCAGGCGGGGGAUUCUGUGAUUGUGGGGACGUAGAAGCCUGGAAGAUCGGCCCCUGUUGCUCCAAACACGACCCAGGGGCAGCCACUGCCAUGGUAACGGAUGAGUGUUCUUUGGAGCCUGAGUUAUAUGAGCGUGCUGAGAAACUGUUCCAGGUACUGCUGCACUACGUCACAGAGUUCUUGGUGUGGGAGGAGAACUUGGAGCUAUCGGCUGAACUGCAGCCCCGGACAAAAGAUGAUGCAUACUACUGUGUGCUGUACAAUGAUGAGCACCACUCGUACGACCAUGUGAUUUACACCCUGCAGCGCUCGGUCAACUGUAAUGAAGCUGAAGCACAGACACACACAGCACUUAUUGAUAAAGAGGGUCGACGGGCAGUAAAGAAGGGAACGCUUCGUUCCUGCCAGCAAGCAAAGGAGCUCAUCAAGUCCAACUCCGAGCACAUUUCCAUGCAGGCGCUACGCGUGGAGAUCCUUCACGCAACGGUAAUGGCUCAUCAAACUUUCGCUCUGCGCCUUGGCUCCUGGUUCCAAAAGAUCAUCAGUUAUUCAGUGGGCUUCAGACAGGCUUUCUGUCAGGUGGCGCUAGAGAGCAACACAGACAGAGACCGGCCUUGCCUCAUCAGCAGACUCAUGCUGCACGAUGCUCGGAUGUUCAAAGGAGCUCGGAAGAUAGUACAUGAACUGAUUUUCUGUAGCAUGCUGAUGGAGACAGAGUUCAAAAGGCUUUUUGCAAUUGAAUUUACAAAGCACUUUAAGCAGCUGCAGAAGGACUUCAUAAAUGAUGACCAUGAGAGGAGUAUAUCCAUCACUGCUCUGUCUGUUCAGAUAUUCACUGUACCCACAUUGGCCAGACAGCUGAUCGAACAGGUCAAUGUCAUAAAAGUGAUAGUUGAGACAGUCAUGGAAUUGCUGUGUGAACAUCUGGAUGUCAACCAUCGCUUCUACUUCCUUGGCUACAACUCAGACAAGUUCACACGGAUCCAGGUCAUCUUCCAUGAUCUCAGAUAUAUUCUGAUCAGUAAACCAUCAGUCUGGACUGAAGAGCUGCGGACACAGUUCAUGGAGGGGUUCAAAGUGUUUCUUGGGCUUCUCAAAUGCAUGCAGGGCAUGGAGGAGGUGAAGCGCCAGUUUGGUAAACACAUCGCAGUGGAGCCAGAAUGGGAAGCUGGCUUUACUCUUCAGAUCCAGCUCCGCCACAUUCUUGCUAUGUUUCAGGACUGGUGUUCCUCUGAUGAUGAGAUCUUGCUGCUUGCAUAUAAAGAGUGCCACAAAGUCCUGAUGCAGUGCAAUAACCAGCCCUUCCAUAGGGAACCCGCCGACUACUACAUGUGCAAGCACAUCCUCCAUGUUCGUCCGUACAAAGUGUCUCAGCAGCCUGUCAGCAUACAUCUGCCCAUCUCCAGACUACUGGCUGGCCUGUACGUACUUCUGUGCAGAACAGGGGCAAUUGCACGUCUGGAUAAUCCUGAGAGCUAUGACCACACCCAGCUGGCAGAGCAGCCUCUGCGCUGUGUGGUUCUGGCUGCACAGGUCUCCGCUGAAAUGUGGCGGAGAAACGGGCUCUCACUAGUCAGCCAGGUCUACUACUAUCAGGAUGUAAAAUGCAGGGACGAGAUGUACGAUAAGGACGUUCUCAUGCUUCAGAUAGCUGCUUCCAAAAUGGAUCCCAACCAUUUCCUCAUGCUGAUCUUGUUGAGAUUUGAGCUUUUUGAUUAUUUCAAUGGGAGUUGUUCGAGCAAAGACCAGGAUGAACUGAUACAGUGGAACCGUUUGACGGAAGAGAUGCUCUACCUCCUUAUCGUCAUCAUUGGUGAGCGCUAUGUCCCCGGUAUCAGUCAGCUGACCAAGGAGGAUGUGACAAUGCGAGAGGUUAUCCACCUCUUGUGCAUUGAGCCCAUGGCUCAUAGUAGCCUGGUCAAGGGUCUGCCAGAGAACGAGAGCCAUGAAACAGGCCUGGAGAAUGUAAUUACCAAAGUUGCAACCUUCAAAAAACCAGGAGUUUCGGGCCAUGGAUUGUAUGAAGUAAAAAAAGAGCGUCUGGCAGAGUUCAACCCUUUCUUCUAUCAUUAUUCAAGAUCUCAGCACAGCAAGGCAGAAGAGUCUCAGAAGAAGAGGAAGAUUCAGGAGGGCAGUGAUAAAGCUCUGUGUCCUCCGGUGCCCCCAGCCUUCUGCCCGGCAUUUUCCAGCAUAGUCCGUCUGCUCUGCUGUGACAUUAUCAUCCACGUCCUAAGACGUGUCCUGCAGAAAGCUGCAGAGGACCAAGCCACUCACUGGACAGAAGCCAUGAUCCAGAGGGCCCUCCACUUGAUAGGUCAGGCAUUGCUUGAAGAGAAAACACAGCUUGAGGAUAGCACUGUGGAAGACGUGACCUUUGAUUUCAGCCUCAAGGCCCGCAAAAUUGGUUCAGAACACGGCAAGUCAGUGUUCCUCCUGUUGUCCAAGAUUAAGGCUGUUCCUUCCCUUGAAGCUCAGAAAGACAUGAUUAAAUGGGUUCUACAGAUGUUUGAGAUUGUCAAGUGCCUUAGAGAGAAAUCCAGUCCAACAGCCUCUAUGAGUAUGGAGGCAACCAAACCUGAAGAGAGUGCUCAGGACAAAGAGAAAGCUGAGCGCAAAAGGAAGGCAGAAGCAGCCAAACUCCACCGGCAAAAGAUCAUGGCCCAGAUGUCAGCAAUGCAGAAAAACUUCAUUGAGUCAAACAAGAUGCUGUAUGAUAACAUGCCAGAGAGCGGGGCGCAGGGAGAGCCUGAUACAGCUACUGAGAGCUGCGCCAUGGAGCAGAUGGAGCUGUGUGUAGCCAUUGGGCCCCACCGAGGGUCCACUCCAGCCGAGAGGGAGGUGCUCACCUGCAUUCUUUGCCAAGAAGAACAGGAAGUGGCUGGCCAGGCUCAAGCCAUGGUACUGACUGCGUGUGUCCAGAGGUCCACGGUGCUGACACAGUGCAGAGGAAAGAUACCGACCAACAACGCAGACGGGACAGGGACAUAUCCCCUCUUCAUGCCUCCUGAACUGGCAGUUGGAACCCACACUGGCAGCUGCGGACAUGUCAUGCAUUCCACGUGUUGGCAGAAAUAUUUUGAGGCUGUUCAGAAUACAACCAGGAACCGGCUGCACGCUGACAUGAUCAUCGACCUGGAGAAUGGGGAGUACUUGUGUCCCCUGUGCAAGAGUCUGUGCAAUACUGUCGUCCCUCUCAUCCCAUUGGAACCACUAAUGUUUAAUUAUGAAAAUGCAGAGAUAAUUGGACCGCAUUUGACCCUGCCUCGCUGGAUCCAGAUCAUCUCUGCCAGGAUUAAAGGACUCAAGUCAGUCAAUCAGGAUAAUGAUUGCAACGCAGAAUGCAGUAGUGCUGAGGGAGACAUGGGACUGUGCGGAGAGGGCCAGCCAGACUUUAGAUCCAUUCUGAGCUAUGGUGUACAAGAACCGAGGAAGUUUUCAGACAGCAUAGUGGAGAUGCUGGUUGUGUGCGCCACCACAGUCCACAGGGUCGGGCUGCAGACGGCACCCAAUGAGCUGUGCCCACGCGUGCCCCUUAUGGCUUGGAACACAUGUGCCUUCACUAUUCAGGCCAUAGAAAACAUAUUGCAUGAGGAGGACAAACCACUCUUUGGAUCCUUACAAAACAGACAGCUUGCAGGUCUGAAGGCAAUUGUUCAGUUUGCCGCAGCUCAGAGACUUAAGAGCUCCCAGGCUGUCAUUCAGAGGCACUUCACCGACAUGUUGGGGGUUUUGCUACCGGUCGUGAGCAGAAAGAACACCCCUUCUGUUCUGGAGGUGGACUUCUUCCAUCUCCUGGUGGGGUUGGUGCUAUCUAUACCGUCACUAUAUCAGGAGGAGGCUGUAGACUUACAGCCGUCUGCUGUCAGCUCUGCCUACAACCACUUGCACAUCCUGCAUCUGGUCACUAUGGCUCACGUGCUGCAGAUCCUUCUGACAUCUACAGAUUUCCCUGCAGUAGCAUGUGGAGAGGAGACAGAGGAGGCAAGAGCAGCGGCAGAGCUGUGCACUACAGUGUCACAGUGCACUGGAAGGCUGAUUCCAGAUGUGUCUGGAAGCUCUGUGGCAGAAAGAGUGAAACGAGGAAUCGAACCUUUCCUACGCUGUGCUGCUCUCUUUUUCAGUUGCCUUACAGGAGUGCAUCCUCCAGAGGAGCUCUUUGGUACUACUGUUACCUCUCAAGCACAGAUGGAGGCACUGUGCAGCUACUUGGCACUACCCUCCAAUGUGUUCCAGCUCUUCCAGGAGCACAGGAAUUCUGUUACUCCACUGCUGCAACGAUGGUGUGGGAGCCCAGCUGCAGCUGUUACCAAAGCCUUGAAAGGAAAAAUCCAGACAGUGAGAUACCCUAGAAGAAGGAAUCGUUUAAUCGAGCUUCCCGAGGAUUACAGUGCUCUCCUCAAUCAAGCCAGCCAUUUUCAGUGUCCCAAAUCCUCCGAUGAUGAGAGGAAGCAUCCGACCCUGUGCUUGUUUUGUGGGGCCAUGCUGUGCUCUCAGAGCUCGUGCUGUCUUAGCCAGCUAGAUGGGGAAGAUGUCGGGGCUUGCACUGCCCACGCUGCUACCUGUGGUGCAGGAGUGGGGAUGUUCCUUAGGGUAAGAGAGUGCGAAAUUGUUCUGAUGGCCAGCAAGACUCGAGGAAGCACAUACGCUGCCCCUUACCUGGAUGAUUAUGGGGAGACUGAUCCUCACCUUGGAAGGGGCAAUCCAUUACACCUUUGCCCAGAGCGCUACAGGAAGCUGAACCAGCUGUGGCAGCAGCACUGCAUCCUGGAAGAAAUUGCCCGCAGCCUAGAGGUGGUCAGCGUUGUGUUUGCCUUUGAGUGGCAGAUGUUGUGAUGAAUGCUUCAGCUUUGUGGCCAGGAAGUAAAGAGCACAGCCAUAGAGCACAAUCUGCUCCAGUGCUCCUUAGUCACACACACACACACACACGCACACACUCACACACACACACACACAAACAGCCCUCCUACAAUCUAAGGAGGCCUGAGCAGCCAAUCCCUCCCUGAUGAAACCCCUGCUGAGUCUGAGAGAAAUGGGACAGUCAAAAAGGAGGAAGAUGACAAAUAGUGGAGGGUGAUGGUUCAUAAGUAAACCCAAGUCGCCUUGUUUUAAUUUGAUUGUCUGCUGUGAGAAUGAGUUUAUCCUAGAAUAAUGUUAUUUGCAAAGAGGCUCAUACAAAUAAAGACAAACAUCAGAUACACAUUAAUAUGUUUCUGUUAUCAGUUAAUGUAUUUGAUUUCUCUCCUCAGUAAUGCUGUGAAUUUUCUGCAUUCUCUUUUUGUGUUAGAAAUUCAGAUUUGUCCUAAGUUAUAAUUGUUGAAUUAUACUGUUUUGAAGGGCAUUUAUUUGGAAAUGUUAACAGGCAUGAUCACACAUCCUACACAUUUUUGUGCAGGCGGUCAGCAUGAUGGCCACAUCCUACUUCACCUUUACUCGUAUAUUAUAUAUAGAUGCAUAUGCCAUGGAUAAAACGUUUAUAAAAUACGCAUUAUUUUCAAAGUUGAACAAACAGAUUCAAUAUUCGGAGAGAAGUGUACAGUAAUCUGCUUCCAUAAUUUUCUGAUGUAAUUAUGAUAAUGGUGGAUUACAUUAAUAUAAUGUGUUAUCAUUGAUAUUCAAAGCGCUUUGGAGGGAAGGGGGUAAGUCACCUCAACCACCACCAGUGUAAAUUCAUUUAAUAAUAAGCAGACACCAGAAUCAAUUUUUCUGAAUAUUUCAGCCAUUUUUGGUAUUUAUGGUUGAAAGUUGUUACUGAUCUUAAGAAUCAGUGACUGAAUUAUAUGAAAACGUCUCCACCAUCUUACAUGGUAUUAUGAGACGUCCUUUUAGAAAAAAAGUCUAUUACGCCAAACUUAUUCUAAUUAUCAGAUAUCCACUGUAUGUUUGGAAUGUUUAAAACUUUAAAUGGACCAUUGCAAGAUUGUCAGUCACAUGUCACCAUAUGGUGUUGAUUCCUUCCACUUAACACAAAU